CUUUACGCCAGGAUCUGUAACAUCGUCAGUGACGUUGGGUCAACUACUUAGAAUUUCCAGACGAUUUUGGGGUCGUAACCCUACGUGCGCCUCAUAUCUUAUCGCCUUAUAAACGUAUCAAGCAAAUUAGGAAGAUACUAGUAGACAGUUUACCUCAUCGUGGUGGUGAUGUUGUUGUUAGCCUGCAUUGCCGCUGUCAUUUUUUGCUGCAGCAACGCUGCUGAAUAUCAUGGUAAAUUGAUUGGACCUAUCCAAGAGCUUUACCACGGUGUGAAAGGCACAGUUUACGCAGUGGACAGUCACAGAUUCAAAAUACUAGGCUUCACCUACGAUGGACAAGGCCCAGAUGCUUUCUUCUAUAUUGGACUGAGGCAAAAUGCAACUCGGGAUACACCAAGUGACGAAGGCAUCAAGAUCCUCGACGAGAAGGGAAGUUCCGCUGUUCUCAAAGAAUACAAAAAUGUUACCUUAACUCUCACCCUUCCAGAAGGCAUUAGAAUUCAAGACAUUAAAUGGCUGUCAGUGUGGUGCGUUGCGUUUUCCGCUGAUUUCGGUCAUAUCAUUAUCCCAAUAGAUAUCGACCCGCCCAGGCCUCAAGUUCUGGGUCCCUUUAAGUUAACCACUCACGGGGUGUCUUCUGGCAAUAUCAUUGUUCUAGAUACCAAGACUGUGGUUAUUCCAAACUUUAAAUACGAUGGUCUAGGACCAGAUGGCUUUUUUUGGGUUGGAUCUGGCCCUCUUCCGACCAGCGAAGGAACGAAGGUACCAGACGAAAAUGGAAGCUUGAAAAAGUUGGGGGAGUACACUGGCCAAAAUCUCACCCUCCGUCUGCCAAAAGACCUCACGUUUCAUACAGUAGAAUGGCUCGGUGUAUGGUGUGUGCUGUUUGGCGUUAAUUUUGGAUACGUGAGCAUUCCAUUGGAAUUGAAUGUCCCGCCGUUCACUCCCAAGGUGACAGCUGCGGCAACUCCUCAGACCGCCUCUUUGGUUAAAAACUGUGAACCACUGGCCAGCAAUUUCCAUGUGUCUUGGGAGACAAAUUCUAGUCAUGUCAUGAUUGAACUGAAAGGGCAAAUCGCUAACGGUGACUACAUGUCAUUUGGGCCAAGCGGUUCUGACACCAGCACGAAAAUGAUUGGUGCUGACGUGGUGAUCACGUGGUAUGAUGAACAAUCAGGUCCCAUGGCAGUUGAUUAUUACAUUACCCAAUAUUCCCAGUGUUCCAAUGGCGUAGGCGUGUGCCCUGACACAAGUAGACCCAAUGAGAAGAAUGACGUCCAGGUCGUCAGUGGAGAACGUGCCAACGGCAUAACUACCAUCAAGUACACUCGGCCACUGGCAUCUAGUGAUACAGGAGACAAUAUUUUUGUGACAGACAAGAACACAUACCUAGCCUGGGCGAUAGGGCCUCUCUCGGCAGACAAACUGCCCUUAAAACAUUCAGUCAGAACCCCAGGAGACUUGAUGAUCAAUUUUGGUAGGCCCCCCGUGAAUAACUGUCCAGAAUUCCAAACACUACGACCAACCAUAAAGCCAAAGAAACCUUGGGUUCCCCAAACACUAAGUGGAGAGAACACCAGAAUAUUCACUGCUAGGCUGGGACCCACAGGAGGGAAAAGAGGUUACGAAGGGAUUACAGGCCGUCCGUCGUGGGGAAUAGCUUGGUACAUUAACGAUAUUUUGAUUCCUGAGCUGAUUCUCAAGAGAGGUGUAUCGUAUAUAUUUUUGAUAAAUGGAGGCCAUACGGAGAGCAAUCAAGCAAACUAUCACCCAUUUUACAUAACCGACGAUCCCGAGGGCGGUUAUAUACAGUAUACGACACCCGAGCAAAGACAGAAGGUAAAGAUAUUCCCUGGGCGAAAUGUCAUGGGUGCCACCGUGAACUACCAAGUUGGGCGCCUGUGUGAAUGGGAGCAGGAGACAGGAGCACCACAAGACGCAGAGUCAUUUGCAGAGUACUCGAAAUAUCUCAAACUGAAGUGCUACGAGGGCCGACCUGGAGUAUUUGUCUGGUCUCCAGAUAGAAAUACCCCAGACACGGUGUACUAUCAGUGUUACACUCACAAAUACCUUGGUUGGAAAAUCCACAUCGUUGACGAGUUCCCUGGAAAAGAAACUAAAGUUGCGACAAAGGCACCGCCUUUGCCCGCAGAACCUUCCACAACACCUGUUGCAGUAACUGCACCCAGCACAACACCUACCACAGUUACUAUACAAACCCCUCAGCCUACUACUACCACAACGGUGCCGAGCACUCAGCCCGUCGCAGAUACGGUGCCAAAUUCACAGUCGACUUCUAGCCCGGUACCAAGUACUCAGCCCGUUGCAUAUACCGUGCCAAAUUCACAGUCACCUACUACUACGGCACCGAGCACUCAGCCCGUUGCAGAUACCGUACCAAUUUCUCAGGCAACUACUACUACGGCACCGAGCAUUCAGUCUGUUGCAGAUACUGUGUCACGUUCACAGUCGACCACUACUCCGGUACCAAUUUCUCAGUCGACUAGUACUUCAGCACCAAGCACUCAGCCUGUUGCAGAUACUAUGCCAAAUUCACAGUCAACUACUACACCGGUACCGAGUACUCUGCCUGCAGCAGAUACCGUACAAAUUUCGUAAACGAUUACUACAGUUGCACUAAGCACAAAAACUGUUAGCAUAUCGACUGUUAUUCUGACAACUGCUACCGUUAAAAGAUCUCAGUCAAUAGUAACCAAGGUUCCAAACACUCAACUGCAGGUACCGCAUAUAAGUACAUUUAUUUUAAAACUGACUACAGACAGCGUACCCAGCACUCAGUAAAUUACAACUGAGGUAUCCAAUGAAUCGCAUGUUGGCAACAGCUGCUGCUCCCAGCAUUUUGGCCACACCUGAACUCGAGUCAAACUUGCCUUGGUCAAACUUAGGAUAAAAGACGAGACUAUAAAAAGGAGUAAACACCUUACUGGAACUGCCAAGAACGCCAAAAUUGAUAUCGAUUGUACAUGUUUAAAAUAUUUUGUGUUUGCUGCGGUGUACAUGUCUUUGUUUACGUUAACGUUAUCACUGUCAGCAGUGGAGGAGUCCGUACAAAUGAAAUGCACUUGUCUUAUUAUUAUUAUUAAUUGUGAGUGAUAAAGACAUAAUCACAAAUCAUAAAACUGUUACUUGUUUAUAUUUAGUGACAUCUCAUGAGGAUCAAAUCGACGGUUCAGUUACUGAAUGUGGAAAUAUGCCGUUUCUCAGCUGUUUGAAAUCAUAAAUUAAUUUAAAAAAUGGUGUCAGUUUCCCAGAACAUGUUCAAAAGAAGGAAGGAUAAA